AUGAGUCCAGAGGAACCUGUUAUUAAGUCCUUUUUGGACACAGAUCUCUAUAAGCUUACGAUGCAAUCUGCGAUUCACAACUGUUUUCCAGAUGCAGAGGUGUCGUUUGACUACCACAAUCGAACCCCAGAGAAAAAACUCACAGUUGAGGCUAUAGAUUGGUUGAAGAAGCAAAUAAAACUUUUGGGUGACUUGAGAUUUGCCGAGGACGAGAUUGAGUUUCUCAAACAGGAAGUGCCAUUUCUUCCCCAGCAGUACUUCAAGUGGUUGGAGACAUUCAAAUUGCACCCGGACAAGGAGGUUAUAAUUGAUGAUGACCCGGACCACUUCGAUCUCCGGGUCAAAGGUGCGUGGGAUCAGGUGACACUCUACGAAAUCCCGUUGUUGGCACUAGUAUCGGAGGCAUACUUCAGGUUUAUCGUCAACAAGUGGACAAAUGAGGGUCAGUUUGAAAAGGCCAAGGGCAAGUCGAUCAGGCUUUGCAACAACAGCUGUGCAUUUAGCGAGUUCGGAACAAGGAGGAGAAGGUCGUUUGAAACGCAAAAAAUCAUGAUGGAGGGACUUAUGGCCGGAGCAAAGGAAUCGAACAAGCCAGGCAUGUUUUUGGGAACGUCCAAUGUUUACUUUGCGAAAAUCUACAAGUUGAAGCCAAUGGGCACGAUUGCCCACGAGUGGAUGAUGGGAAUUGCAGCCAUCACCCAGGAUUAUAACAAUGCCAACAAGAGGGCAAUGGACUGCUGGCUUGAGACAGUUGGAAAUACACAUGCGGGUUUGGCCCUCACGGACACUUUUGGCACGGAUGUCUUUCUCAGAUCAUUCUAUCCGCCUUACUCUGAUUACUAUGCGGGAGUUCGUCAGGAUUCCGGCGACCCGCUCAAGUUUAUAGAGAAAAUCGGGCAUCACUACAUUGAUAUUUUGAAGCUUCCGAAAUUCUCGAAGUCGAUCUGCUUCAGCGACUCGUUGAACGUCGAUCGGUGCAUACAGUACAAGGCGCGGGCGGACGAAGUUGGAAUGAACUGCUCGUUUGGUAUUGGAACAAACCUAACGAACGAUUUUGCCGAUUCGACGCCGAUGAAUAUUGUGAUGAAAAUUGAUAGUGCGAAUGGCCAUCCGGCAGUGAAGAUUAGUGAUAAUCUUGGCAAGAAUACGGGAGAUCCGGCGGAGGUGAGACGGGUGAAGAAGGUUUUGGGAUAUGAGGAAAAGUAUUGGGCUGGAGGAGAUGAGGAGCACAGAUGGGGUUGA